AUGGACUCUCACCACGCGUCUCUCGGACGCCGGACCUUGGAGGAGAUUCGUCAAAAGAGAGCGGCUCAAAGGCUUAGCAAAGCUGCUUCUGGGCCAGAUCUCAGCGAAAUUCCUCAUCCUGCCGGGAUCAGAAAAUCCGAGAGCGGAAACAUACUUUCUGAGACAGAUGUUGGUGCUUUAUAUUCUCAACUCAAACAACUGCAGAGAAAGAAUGCAGAAAUGGAGGAGCACAACAGGAUCUUGUCAACGAAGCUUCAAACAACGGAAGUCGAGAAAGAAUCACUUGAGGCUCGGUUGAAUGUGCUUGAACAAAACACAGUACCAUCUCUGAGAAAAGCCCUCAAGGAAAUUGCAAUGGAGAAAGACGCUGCUGUUGUUUCACGAGAGGAUCUCUCAGCUCAAGUUAGGAGCCUGAAGAAACGUGUUAAAGAGGCAGAGGAGGAACAAUACCGAGCUGAGGAAGAUGCAUCAUCUCUCAGAGCAGAGCUUAACUCGAUACAACAACAAGCGAUGGGUACUUCAUUUGCUGGAGUUUCCCCAGACCAAGUAUUAGAGAAGGAGAUGGCCAACCUAAAAUUAGAAUUACAGAAAGAGUCAAUGUUGAGGCACCAAGAACAACAGCGUUUAGCUGAAGAACAAACCCGAGUUGCGUCUUUAAUGUCUGAGAAGCAGGAACUUGAACAGAAAAUUUCUGUUUUAUCCAGCAAUGCCUCAGAAGUAUCAGGUUUAGGUCAAAAGGAAUUCUCAGUGGAAGAUAAAGAAAAACUUGAGAAGCAGUUGCAUGAUAUGGCUGUUGCACUUGAAAGAUUGGAGAGUAGUAGGCAAAAGCUUCUCAUGGAGAUUGACAACCAAUCAUCUGAAAUAGAGAAGCUUUUUGAAGAAAACUCGAACAUCUCGGCUUCCUAUCAAGAAUCAAUCAACAUAUCAAAGCAGUGGGAGAAUCAAGUGAAAGAAUGUCUAAAGCAAAAUGUAGAACUCCGUGAAGUUCUGGACAAGUUAAGAACAGAACAAGCCGGUGCUCUUACACGAGCGCCUUCAGAAAUUCACGCCAAUGGUUCACAUGGACCUGAAACUCUCUCCCUCAAGGGAGAACUUGCGAAAGAACAGAGCAGAGCUGAGUCGUUAUCUGCUCAAGUUCUCCAACUCUCAGCUCAACUCCAGCAAACAACACAAGCAUACAAUGGCCUUGUGCGCGUAUAUAAACCUCUGCUUAGAAACAUUGAAAGCAACUUAAUCAAGCUGAAGCAAGAUGGGUCGGUUACAGUGGCACAGUGA